AUGGCUACAGAGCUUAUCCCAGAUUUGGUCCUUGCUUCUGACAACUCUGAAACAGAAGGUCACUUGGCCAAAAUGGGUGAUUCGAAGGGAACGGAGGCCCAGGGGGCCUCUCCGCCUUCAGGAACCAUCGCGAAGUUGACCUGCGACAUUCUCAAUGAGACAUUCUACAACAUCAUCCAUGAUAUCGUUGCUCAAGUUCAUCGCGAUGAGAAAGUCGCUCGCAUGCGCUCCGCGGUGGUCGUUGCCAGACAGAAAGCCGAAGAUGAAGUAGCCAGGCGUCGUGAAGAUGCAGGUGGCAAGGCUACGGGAUCCGUGGAUUCAGAAGACCUCAAGGACAUCCGAGUAGAAACAGAUGGUGCGGUGUUCGAGGACGGCAAGGUCUUUCUCAAAGGCAAUCCUCUCCAGACAACAAAGGAGAUUAUCUGUCCCGAUUGUCGCUUGCCGCGUCUGCUAUAUCCAGUAACUGGAGUCGGUGCUCGUCCACCUCCAGAUCCGUAUCGCGAAUACUGUCAGAAUCAGCCAUUGAUCACAAAACCUGGGCACGAUGUGCACGGGAAUCCCUUCGCUACGGACAAAUUGAACCCAAAGAAGAAAAAGCAGACCAACACUUCCAACACUCCCGCGUCCAGUCCUCCGACCACUCCUGAUAGCUCUUUCAAGCAGGCCACCCAGGUGUCAUAUCCCACCGUGAAAUGUCCCAACUGUCCGAGGUACUUUGUGGUGACGCGAGUUGCUCAGCAUCUGGACCGUUGCAUGGGUUUAUCAGGUCGACAGACCAAUCGUAACAAGACGCCCAUGGAGAAUGGCAACGGGUCUCCUAGCACCGGACCUCCGAAGCGUCCACUGGCUGACGAUGACGCACCACCGACUCUGACGAAGAAGAAGAAGCUCAACACCCACAAAAAGCUAUCUGGAAAGAAACCACCCCUGCCUCCAAGCAGCAAACUGAGAAACGGUCUGACCCCUGAUAUGGCUGCAGCCGCGGAUGCGGCGGCCUCUGGAGAUGUUGACAUCAAACGUGAAGCCAAAGACAACGCAUGA